UUGUAUGACACUGCUUAAACGAUAUUAGACAUUUGUGAAUUAAACACUUUGAGGUUUACCAGCGCUUGUUGAUAGUGAUAAUUUUCUGUGAAAACUAGUGAGCUUUGAAAUAUAUAUAAAGGGAAAGAAAAUAUUUUUAAGAAAAUAAGCAAACGUGAGCAGAAGAACCAUCAAUUAAUUAUAUUGAAAAACCAAUUUCUGUGUAAAAAAAGAGGUUAAGCUCUCUUUCAAAAAUGCAAAUCUUCGUGAAGACUUUGACUGGCAAGACCAUCACUCUGGAGGUUGAACCAUCCGAUACUAUUGAGAAUGUAAAAGCCAAGAUUCAAGACAAAGAGGGUAUUCCACCAGAUCAGCAACGUUUAAUCUUUGCCGGCAAACAAUUGGAAGACGGACGCACCUUGUCCGAUUACAACAUCCAAAAGGAGUCUACACUUCAUCUGGUUCUUCGUCUACGUGGUGGCAUGCAGAUUUUCGUCAAAACUUUGACGGGAAAAACCAUCACUUUGGAGGUUGAGCCUUCCGAUACCAUUGAGAAUGUCAAAGCUAAAAUUCAGGAUAAGGAAGGAAUCCCACCAGAUCAACAACGUUUAAUUUUCGCUGGCAAGCAGUUGGAGGAUGGACGCACAUUGUCUGACUACAAUAUUCAGAAGGAAUCUACAUUGCAUUUAGUUUUGCGCCUACGUGGAGGUAUGCAAAUAUUUGUUAAAACAUUGACUGGCAAAACCAUCACUCUGGAGGUUGAACCUUCCGAUACUAUCGAAAAUGUGAAAGCCAAAAUCCAAGAUAAGGAAGGUAUCCCACCAGAUCAACAGCGUUUAAUCUUCGCCGGCAAGCAGCUCGAAGAUGGCCGCACCUUGUCCGAUUAUAACAUACAAAAAGAGUCUACCCUGCAUUUAGUCCUGCGUCUCCGUGGUGGUAUGCAAAUCUUCGUGAAGACCCUAACUGGCAAAACCAUCACCUUGGAGGUUGAGCCAUCAGACACCAUCGAAAAUGUUAAAGCCAAGAUCCAAGAUAAGGAAGGUAUUCCCCCAGAUCAGCAGCGUUUGAUCUUCGCCGGCAAACAGCUUGAAGAUGGCCGCACCUUGUCUGACUACAACAUCCAAAAGGAGUCUACUCUGCAUUUGGUCCUGCGUCUUCGUGGUGGUAUGCAGAUAUUUGUGAAGACCCUAACUGGUAAAACCAUCACGUUGGAGGUUGAGCCAUCCGACACCAUUGAGAACGUCAAAGCUAAGAUCCAGGACAAGGAAGGUAUUCCUCCAGAUCAACAGCGUUUGAUUUUUGCCGGUAAACAGUUGGAAGACGGCCGUACUUUGUCCGACUACAAUAUUCAGAAGGAAUCGACUCUCCAUUUGGUGCUUCGUCUUCGCGGAGGCGCAUUCUAAAUUUAAAUGGAAACAACCAAAUUCAAAAUUCAGAGUAUUCAUGCAUCUCGUUAAUUUAGCUCUAUUUUGUAUUUUAACGCUUUAAAUCAGUUCUGAGUAAAAAUUGAAAUAUACCGUUUUUUA